AUGGAAGAGAAGGUACUAGCUUCGAAGCCCAAGAAUUUGAGUUUUGCAGAGGCAGCUAACCUUCCUGUUGCCGUUGAAAUAGCGUAUGGCGGACUUGAAAGCGCUGGGCUUUCAGCUGGUAAAUCACUUCUUGUUCUGGGUGGUGCUGGUGGAGUUGGAUCUUUUAUCAUUCAGUGUCUAGAAGCAAAGAAGAUCAUUACCUUUGAUGAAUCUGCCAUGUUGAAUAAGGUAGCACAAGAGGGACCAGUGGUACUCCGCAACAGGUGGAGUAUACGCCGAAACAGUGACUCUCCCAUGGCAAAAGAAGAAUCGAAUGAGGAAGAGAUUUCUACCCAAGAACCUCAACAGCAACAAGAGUCAAUUGCCGUCAAUAGGCCAAGACGAGAAAUUCAAAAACCUGCUCGUUUUGCUGACAUGGUGGUCUAUGCACUUCCAGUUGUUGAUGAUGUUUCAUCCACAUUUUCUGAAGCAGUUCGAAGUACAGAAAAUGGUAGACGGAAAAAUGCUAUGGAAGAAGAGAUGCAAUCACUUCAGAAGAACAAAACGUGA